AUCAUUAUCACGAUGAAGAAAGAUGAUAAGUGAAACCACAAUACAAUCUACGCUAAUAUAACUUCCUUAUCAGAAUCGUAUUGGUUUGAAUAGUUGAAAUAUAUAUCAAUUGGAUUAUCUAAUAGUACGCAUUGAUAAUCCCAAAAUUGAUAAGAACGUUAAUCUUGAGGUCUCUUGUCAGUAAUCUGAUCUUAUAAAUUCAAUCAAUAUUUAAGACGACUAUUAGUAGUUCUUUGGAUUCUUCGUUAUUUGUGAUUGAUUUAUAAAAAAUAUUUUGUGAGCGAUUUCUAUAAAUAUUUGACAUAACACGUACUAUUCUCUCUUACAAUCAUGGAUAGUAGUGCAUUUGAAAUGAAACAAGUUGUACUCCGCGAUCUUGAGUCCGUUUUAAAAAUCGAAGAUCAAAUGAUUGUGGAAAAUUAUACCACUAAAUCGUUACUACCUCCUGGUGAAAAUUAUGGAAGUACAAUUUUCAGCGUUCAUGUUGAGUUGAAGAACAAAAUUACAGAAAAGAAGGAAGAUCUUCAUGUUAUUGCGAAGAUGUGCCCACCAACUGAAUAUCAAAAAGAACUUUUUAAUAGUUCUCGCACAUUCAUAAAAGAAAUUUUUAUGUAUGAGACCAUUAUGCCGGCUUAUAAUAAAUUAGAAUUAGAAUGCGGAUUGAGAAAAAAUGAAGUAUUUGAACUUUUGCCGAAAUUUUAUGGAGCUAGAUUGUCUUUACAACCAGAUGGAGAAUUUGAUGAAGACGCCGUUCUUCUUAUGGAGAAUUUAAAAAUUAAGGGUUAUUAUAGUGCUGACAGGGCUACAGGUUAUGACUUAGAUCAUGCGGGGGAAGCGGUAAAAGCUAUGGCCAGAUUCCAUAGUUUGGGAAUAGCGAUGAAACAAAAAAGGCCGGGAAUAUUUGAGAUGUUCAAAAUGUAUGCGAAACCUUUACAACAUGUACAAAACACUUCGAAAGAGAUGUUUGGAUUAAUACUCGAACAGAUAAAAAAAGAUCCAGAAAUAAGUCCUCAUUUCGAUAAAUGUAAUAAAAUUUUAUCAGAAUUGAAAUUGGAGGAACUGUGGGCAGAUUCGUAUCGAGAACCAUGGAUAUCUAUUAUUCACUGCGAUUUCUGGGUGAACAAUGUGAUGUUUCAUUGUAACGAUAAAGGGAAGAUAGACAAUGUGAAAUUCGUUGAUUUUCAAAUAUAUCUUUACGGAAGCCCUGUGCGCGAUCUGCUUUUUUUCCUUUAUUCCAGUGUGAAACUCGAAGUAACGGAAGACGAAAUAGACGCUCUGAUAGAUUUGUAUUACGAAACUGUAAUAGAUACGUUAAAUAAAAUGGGAUGUGACACGAGCAAAUUUAACAGGGAAGGAUAUAAAGAGAAAUUGGCUGAGGAUGCCGUACGUGAGUUUAGCCAUAUAAGCUUUAUGAUAAAGAUGCUCACGUUGGAUACGAAGGAAAUCGACAAUUUUGAUGUAAAUAAAAUGCAGGAUGUAUUGGUUCGGCAUACUGGGAAUGAAUUAUUUAAUAAACGAUUACGGAAACUGGUACUAUGUUUUGUACAACGUAAUUGGAUAUAGAUAAAUUAAAUAAUGAAGAAAAAUUAUAUCUUUCAUAAAGUUAAAAGUAUUAGUUUUUAUAUGAUCAUAAUAUGUCAUUUCCUUUUUGAAACAAGCAUGAUUGUUCUAUAUUGCUAUUCUAGUUAAUCACGGAAAUGUUAUUUUGAUCGAUAUAUGUAAUUGAUUUCAUAUCUGAAUCUAAUCAAAAAGAUAUAAUCAGUUUAAUUAAUAUCAUGUGAACAUAACAUAAAUCAAUCAUAUUUUACAGCAAAAAGAUAUCGAGUUUAAAUAAUUAAUUAUAUAAAAUAAAAACAAAUUUGGUCAAAAUGAUAAUAAUCAUGACAAAUAGUCAUUUCAUUUCUAAACAAGCAAUUUUUGUUGUAUAUACAUUUUUUUAUGUAUAUAACUUUUGUAUGUUAUAUUCAGAUGUAUAUACAUGUAUAGGUUAUCAUAAAUGAUAACAUUGUUUAUUACGAUAUCGCUGUGAUUUCAACUCUAUAAAAGAAUUAUAUAUAGAAUUUGAUCGAUAUGAAUAAAUUCUUAUCUAUAAAUUAUAUAAAUCAAUAAAAUUGUAUAAGAAAGUUUUCUUAAAAAUUUAUAUUUUCAAAAAAUCAUAUGAAUUGUAUUUAGAUGUUAGAUAACAAAAUUGUCAUUUUAAUUUCCACGAGUCAGAUAUUUUAAUAUCUUUUAAUUGUAUAGCUCAAUAUUUGAUGAAUUGUUCGUUUAGAUUGUUAUAUUGUCCGUUUGACUUUCAUGAGUCAGAGAGUUUAAUGAAUCUUAAUAAAAUAAUAAUAUUAAUGAAUUGUAUAAUAAGGAAGACAAAUAUUUCCUAUUAGGAUAUAUAGAAUUAUUAUGUAAUAAAAUAAAAAUCAAAUAUUGAAAUGAAUUAAAAAUCUUUUUUUAAGUAUAA